AAUAGGGGUAAGGACCAGAGGGAGACGCAUUUCGGCUACGGAGCCAGGUUGUUGUUGACUAAACCAAGAAGAGCUGAGUUUUACGACUAGAGUCAGAGAUGAUGGCUCUGCAGAUGCUUUUAAUUCUCGAGGUGAUCGUAAUCCUCUUUUCGCCAUCCACGGCUUACCCGGUGUAUGGAACCAAAAGGUACGGUCGAUCAUCAAUUCAGCGGGUUUCUUCUUGGGCGCCAUACCAAAUGGUGCGCACCCAGAGAUACCCCAUAAACUACUAUGAAUUGUAUCCUUACAGCCAGUAUCCCGAAGACUACUACCCUCAGGAAACUUACCCAGUGUACUAUCCUCCAGCCAGAACCUCCAAAUACGAAGUAUACCAAGCAGUCCUUCCUUACUAUUACGGAGACCGAUAUUUAACCCGUCCUAACUAUGGCUACUACGACAGCGAUCCCGCUGUUGACCUCCAGGAAGAAAUGAUGCAAGAAGCGGAACGAGAAGAGCGUGAAGAGGCCCAGCCAAUCGGGCACGAGCUCCUCUACGAGAACGAAGACCAAACCGAAGACAACCUCGACGACGUCAACGCGGCGUUCCUCCAGAACCUGAUCAUGUCGCAAAUGUACAAAGAAGCGCUAGAUAACCAGAAGGACUACUACGACGAUUACUACCCCGAGGACUACUCCCGUUGGGACGACAUCCCCAAGCAGAAAUCACACUACAAUCAGGAAGACGAAGAUGUUCGCGAGCUCAAGCAGCUGGUCAAGUCUAAAAGUAAGCCAAAAAUGGACGACAUCCACUGGUUCCAACGCAGCAACUUCCGCAACCAGAAGGAGAAGCAAAGUAAGAAUAGUCACGAGGAGAAGAGAGACAAAACUUUCGAUAGGAAGGUUCUGGUAAAAUUGACGACCACUCCGGCUCCCGUUUCGACUUCCUUGGCGCCGAAGCGGGACGCGAGGGGACAGAAGGAGGAAGUUUUGAUGCGUCCGGCGACUCCCGUGAGGCACCCGUUCUCCAGUCCGGUUCUGGAGAUGAUGUCCAAGGACGAGGAGAGGAAGAGGGCGCCUUCGGUGUAUGACACCAUCAAGCACAUGCUGGAUAUGGAGAAGAGCCUCGAGAAUAAAUACGGGGUGGACGAGAUUAGACCGCACAUGAAGAAGAGGAUCAUCUCGAGCGAGGAGAGUCUGACGCGCCAGCUGUCCGUUCUAAAGAAAGCCCAGUAAGGGGAUCGCCGGAUCUGCUGCAACUAAGACUGAGAAUUAGUAUUAAUUUUGUUGUUGACAAUGUUGAGGUGAUUUCUACGGGAUGUAAAGCUUCAGUUCCACUGUCAUUUCGCUUCUCGUAUUCCUUCCAUAUGGCUCUUUGCUGCCUGGAUGUAUAUACUAAUACAAUAAUAUCGGUGUCAUUCUGUAUUGCGUGUCAAUUUCAAUUACUCAUUCCUCCGGGGUUUCGUUGACUUUUUAUUUAACCGGUUCGGAAAGAGGUUUGCUUUGAUUAUUUCCCUGCUGUUAAAUAAAAAGUUCCAGAGGAGACAAUAAUGGUUGUUUGUAUGUUAAGGGUGUUAGAUUCACGAAACUUGUUGUGGGCACAAUAACUUUCGGUUCGUUUCGCAGCAAAGUAGGCAAUCACAGUAGAGCUUUAACCAUUGACAGGGUCCCGUUCAAAAUUUUCGUUGUGGGCACACGUUUUCCGGCUUUUUUUUGAUAUAAUAGGCGAGAUGGAUUACGAGGGCCUGCGGAGGCGCCUAUUAUAAUUCUUCACAUUGCAGACGCAAUCUGUGAUACAGAGAACAAGGACUGUGCUUAUUACGGUAGUCUCAUUGUCGCAAAUUCGAUGUCCCAAUCUAGCUCAGUGUCGCCACACUCGAUUUCGUUGUUGUUGCAGUGGCACGAAUUUUCAUCUAUUUAUCGAUAGGAGAAUACUGUAUUCGUUGUUCUGUAAAGUGAUCGUUGGGAAUUUCUCGAGCUCUUCCAUAAGGCGCUUCAGUCGAUCAAUGCUUGUUGUUCCUUACAGCGUUAGAGGCUUUCUAUUUUUUUAAUAGAUAUUCAUAGAGAGGGUAUAUUUUUGCCGGAUAUUUUCCUACCGGCUUUUCGUUUUUUCUUCGCAGUUUCCCCGUCUGGUUCUGAGUCAAUUCCGCGACAUAUCAGUUUCGAAUUCCAGAGGGGCAGAUGGUGAAAGGAACCAGAGGAAAAUUACGAAUCCCAUUCAAUCAAAAACUAGCUAGGCGUUGUUGCUUCUCGUCAGUAUUGUUGACAAAUUUUGUUAAUCUUCUCUCAUUUCGUGUAUAUCUGUAGGUUUCAGCUAACGAUACAGGUGUCGAUUUGUCAAUGAUAUGGACUUGUUACGACACCUUGGAAGAUAUUUUUCGUAUCUUUCAAGGUGCGAGCAUGUGUUUUAGAGAAAAUUAAAUUGUACAUAUCCCUGCAUAUUUUGUACCAAAUGUAAAUACUAUAUUUUGAUAUAUCGUAGAAGUAGCAGUAGUCAAAAAUCAUGUCAUAAAAGACACUCUUAUUCCGUCGAAUAAGACCCACGCUAAUCUGUGUAUAUAUUAAAAUUAUACAUUAUUAUAACCUAUUGACUGAUAUAAUAAAUGUCUUCAAGAACA